AUGAGUCAAAACCAAACGAUCAAUACAUUUGUUCUUGAAUACUUGUUGGAUCUGAUUCAUAAUCAACAGACGAUUCCCUCUAAAGAUAUUUCGCAAAAAUUUAUUCAAUUAAUAUCGAAAAAUUAUGAUCAAGGAGAUUUUGUUCUCCGAUUGCGUUUGUUGAAUGAAAAAUUUAGAGAGUUACAAUCAUUGAGUUUAGAAGAUGAGGAUGAUGAUGAAAUGAUUGAAAAAUGUUUGAACUCGUUGAAAAAAUUAUUAAACGAAAUUAAUCCAACGCAAUUCCGAAACAUUUUUCCGAACGCAAAUUUUGGAAAGGAAGAUUACUUGUCAAAAUUGAAAAAGUGGGAACUACGCUUAACAAAAACUAGUGCUGAUAUUGAUUCAAAGAAAGAAUCACUAGAAAAAAUUAUAAGAUAUGCUGCUGUGUUGUGUAACUCUCUAGGAUCACCAAGAAUUGUAGAUGUAUUCUCGUCAUUUCAAUCAAACGCUAAUUCUGAAUCGUCACUGCAAAAAUCAUUUUCAGAUGACCGCACUAAUGGACAUAAUGGAGACGCGCAUUCUGAGACUUUUGAAGACGACUCACAAAUAACUACUCCAUCCAAGAAACAGAAACAACAAUUAACACCAUUUUCUAGUCAUGUGAAAAAUACCAUCGUUGACGAAAUGGACGAAACUGGGGAUGGUCAUUCAAGUACAUUUGAGCCCUCAACAUUAAACUUUGAUUAUGGAACAGGCGAAUAUGACGGCUUCGUAGAAAUAGAGAACAGUGAAAACACAGACAUAGUUGUGGUCAUGGAUGAUGAAGAAUUGAGAAUGGAAAAUUUACGAAAACGAAAAACCUUUGAGGGUGCAUGUUCGUUUGCCGGAUUAAAGCAGGCCUUAAAAAAUAAUGCAAACAAGUACAAUCGUCUGGACACGUCAUUCACAUUUAGUGACAGCAAUUGCAUUCAUUUUGUUACGAACCGAGUUGUUGAGGACACUCCUGAAAUAAUCCCAACCCCCUCGUCACCUCUUCCUCGACGUACUCGAAAACAGAAACCAAUCCCCUAUGAAAAGUGGCAACCCAAUGAAUAUGGCCAACCUGGAAGGUAUUGGACUCAAAGAGAACUUGAUGCUCUCGAACGAGGUUUGAAUCUCUAUGGAAAAGAUUUUAAAAGAAUCCUACAAGAAUUUAAAUCAGAAUUUCAUCCAGUUCGAACUCCUGUGAGUUUAUUGAGAAAAUGUGAAAGAGCAUUUCCAGAUAAAUAUUCGAACACAAGAAAGAAUAAUGACUCUGGCAAUGAGCAUGAAGGAAAUGACAGUGAGGAACCAUUUGAUUCUGUAUCUGAUACAGAGUAA